UUUCGGGGACUGGGACACGUCGAUUCCCGCCAGGACACGCUAUCGGUCAAGUUCGAGCUGGUGGCGCCUCUGCAGCCUGACAACUCUCUAUCGUUAACCUCUGGACCUGUAACGACCCCACCAGCAAAGAAAGUAAAAGGCAAGAGGAGAAAAUCUAGGGAUAAUGCGCAGGCUCAGCUGAAGACGAUAGAAGUUGAACUUGUCCAGGAUAAGACUGCUUUGCGUACCCGAAAGGGCGACACAGGGAGUGUGCUCUGGAGAGCUAGCAACGAGUUUGCACAGGUUGUUCUUCAGCAACAUAAUUUCAAGAUGGAAAAUUCGAUCUUUGAUCACGCCUUACUCGCCGAGUCACACGUUGUAGAGCUUGGUUCGGGUACUGGAUUACUGAGUGUCGUUCUGUCCCCGCUUGUCCGCAGACACACAGCUACCGACAUCCCAGACCUCCUCCCACUUAUUCGCAAGAAUGUAAAGCUCAACUUCAGUGGUUGGCCGAAAACGACUGGUGUAGGAUCGAAUAUAUUUGUAGAAGAACUCGACUGGCAAACUCUGCAGACUCUACCGUUAUCGUCACGUCAUCGAUACUGUCCUUGGAUAGCAGAAAACCCUGCAGACCUCGUCCUCGUCGUCGAUUGUAUUUACCACCCCUCCCUUUUGCCGUCGUUGGUUGAAACAAUUGACUAUCUUUCGGAGCCUGGGCGUACCUGGGUAAUGAUUGUGGUCGAGCUCAGACAGGAAGACGUGGUAAGGGAGUUUCUAGAUCUGUGGAUCAAACGAGAUGACUGGCUGUUGUGGCGGGUAAACGGGUUGCUUGAUCUACAUUUUGCUGUGUGGGUCGGACACAAAAAAGGUCCUCGGAACGAGGUUAGCUCACGUCCAUAA